AUGAGUGAAGCACUCUUGUUUGAUCAACCGAUUCACUUUUUGAAGAUCGACGUGGAAGGAUUUGAGUUACCCGCGUUGGAAUCGGCGAGUCGACUGUACGAAAAGGGGUUGGUGGAAAAUACUGUGCUUGAAUUCGGCCCGCCAAGUCGGUGGGAUGUGACCAUUGAACAGCGUGAGGGCAUGACCCCUGAACAAAUCCGUGCAACCACCGUGAAGCAAGCCAAAACUAUCAUGAAACGUGUGGUUGGUGAAUGGGAUUUGGAUAUCUAUCUCUUACCGGCAGCCGGCUGGGAUCGUACCGUCGCUUGGAUGUUGGAACAUCAAGUGGAUUACAGCCAAGAUGAUCCUACGAAAAACAAGGUUGUUCAUCGACUGAAGGCUUGGGAUUUUGACGGUGCAGCACCCGAAGGCGAUGAAUUCGAAGCAGAACUGAACGCCAAAAAUCAACUUGUCACCGAAUAUAUUCCUUUGCCACCCAAUCUCAUCGACAGCUACCUGGAUUCCCUCGAAACCAUUGGCGAAAUGUAUUUCUGGCUUGUCAAACGCGACAGCAAGAACGCCAUCAUGCAAAAAUUUGAGUUAUAG